AUGAAACUGGUGUUUAGCUGGAACGACAAGUCCCAGAAUCUUCACUACGUGAUAUUCCGCAUGCUGGAGAGCUCGUCCUCUAAAGUGUUCCUACUUGGGCAGCUAACUGAUCUGUCAUGGGGAGAGAUCGCAAGACUAAUUACCUUUACUGUUUCCAGGUCCAGAAAUGAUGCACUUUUAGCUGUGAGUAUUGGAAACUCUUUAAAUGGCAGUGCUGCCGAAGACACAGAAUCGAACUCCUACAGCUGUUUAGAUGCAUGUUUCUAUGAUGACGAUAUCCUGAGGAAGGAUAGGGUAUUGGCUCAGCUGCCACUCUCUUCCCUGUAUAGUGAUAAAGAAACAGAAGAUGGCUUCCCCUGGGACACGAGCAAACGGUUGGAGGAGCAGUACCAAGACAUCCCAACACGCACUGUAUUUGUGGAGAGUCAGGGGUGGCUGCUGGAGAACAUGAAGGCGCACUAUAUCUCUUUGACUGGCAUAUGCAAAGUUGCAUGUGUGAUAUUGUAAUGUUUGCAGAAGCCUGGCCGAAUGCAUCUCCCCCAUCUGCUCCGGGAUAUUUGCUCCACUCGCAAUAUAACUUGUGCAGCUGGGCUCGGGGGUCCUGGAACGGAACAAGAUCAAGAGGAAAGAAAGCCUCCCCUCAGAUCCCUCCCACAGAUCUGCUAUCCCUUGCAUUAUUAUCUUCCCAGACUUUGCACAAGUGCACAUUGCAUUUGUUAUUAUAAAGGGUUUUGUUGAAAUAAAGUGCAGAACUAGUAGUUGGUCGGUGAGCAGCAAAGGGCCAGUAGAGUAUUUUGCAAAGCAAACAUGCACUUAUACACAAUCAGGAAGUGACUGUUAUGGGGUUUCCCAUGUGUCCCUUUAGUGGUGGCUGAACUCAAGCCCUCAUUAGCUCACUUAUAUAGCGGAGCUGCAGUACAGUAACUAAUGGUGCGCCACGGGAUGGAUGUUUAUAGGUUCAUGCAUAGGUCUGGUGUAGUCCUUACAGUUACAGAGUUCUCUGUAUUUAUUAUAAAUGUGCAGGAGAUUGGAUAAAGUUUUGUUUUUUAUUUGGCAAACUGGAAGCAUCAAUGUGGCCCUUGGGAACCUUUCAAAGUCAAACUAGUUUUAGACCUACCCAGAGCAUUAGUAAUAUUAGAUAGAGUCUAUUCAGUUUGUAAGUGCCCAAGUCACGGGAAUGUUCACAUGUAUCUAGAAACAUCCCCACACAUUUGCAUGCAGCCUUUAUAAUGAUAUUUUAAGCAUAGUAUUAAAUAAUGCUCUUAUGAGGGUCUGCUUACAACUUCUUCAGCUUGGUAGAGCCUUUAUCCUGUCAGCUAAUUGCUGAUUCCCUAUAAACUUAUUUGUGUCUGGAUGUUUCAACAGCAGGUUUCAUAAAAGCUGCCCCUUCCCUAAUCUUCUAUACAAGGUAUAGGCAUCUAUCAUCACCUUCCAUCCAACAAUUGUUUCACCCAUCGGAGGGUGCCAUAGGUGAUCAAUACAAACCAAGGAUCAGAACUGGUGUAAAGCAUAGGCAGCAGAAGACGAUUUUGGUGGUGGUGGGGGGGGGGGGCUUGAAAAGAACUCUAUGGUGAGUGCGCAGCAAAGCCACAAAGGCCUAGGCCUAGGGCGGCAGGUCAGGUAACCCAUAAGCUGCCAUACAUUUCAACUCAUAGAACCACACUGCAAGUUUUUCAAUGAGCUAAUAGCUAACGAAGAACAAAAUUUAUAUAUUGACAGUAUAAUAAUAUAUAUUAUAUAUUUUAUUAUAUGAGCGAUACUCAUUCAGGAGUUGCAACUUUGUAACUGAGCAGCAUUUCCACCAUUCUUCCUAAUAAUAAGGCUACAUUAUGGUAUCACUGAUGAGGAUCUGUGGAUUUGUUUGCCUUGUUGAAGAACUUAUUUGUGUUAUUUAAAUACAGAUAUGAGGAUAAAUAAAGAUAAGGCAGAAUAACCUAUGGUAAUAUGUUUUAUUAACGGGGAAUUCUGGCUUCCAAGCCAAAAUUUGUUAAAGAACCUAACCCGACACAGAAAUGCCCAACUUACCUAUCACUGUAAUCUGUUCCUUCAAAAGGUAUGAAUAAACAUCAUUGUUAUAUGCUGAAUUUCAGCUGCAUCAUUUGAAAUCCUGGCAUGGA